AUGGAGGCUGCUAUUCCAGCCCACAGGAAACACGCUGAAGUCUCUGGGCAGAGAUGGGUAACGGUGUAUCUGUCCCUAAGACCAGGGACCUCUGGCCAGGAGGUGGACCAGCCCACAGACUCUGCAGACAGCCCUGAGACCUGGCACACUGCCCUCCAGCGCCCCCACCGUGCCGGCCACUCCACGGCUCUGGCCAACCUCACCUCCCGCCCAGCGUUCCUCCUCCUCGGCCUGAUGGACGGCACAGACAUCCACCCGCUGCUGUUCCUCCUCUUCCUUGGCGUCUACCUGGUCAAUGCCCUGGGCAACCUGAGCAUGGUGGUGCUGGUGAGGUCCGACGCGGCCCUCCGCUCCCCCAUGUAUUACUUCUUCUUCUGCUUCACCACCGUCACGGUCCCCAGGCUGCUGGCCGGCCUGCUCCACCCGGGCCAGGCCGUGUCCUUCCGGGGCUGCUUUGCCCAGAUGUACUUCUUCGUGGCUCUGGGCAUCACCGAGAGCUACCUGCUGGCGGCCAUGUCCUACGACCGCGCGGCGGCCGUGUGCCGGCCCCUGCACUACGCGGCGGUCAUGAGCCCCGGGCGCUGGGCGGCGCUGGCGGCGGCGUCCUGGGCCCUGGCGCACCUGCACUCGCUGCUGCACACGCUGCUCAUCUCCAGGCUCUCCUACCCGCGCGCCGCCCCCGUGCGCCACUUCUUCUGCGACAUGACGGUGAUGCUGAGCUUGGCCACCUCGGACACGUCGGCCGCGGAGACGGCCAUCUUCUCCGAGGGCCUGGCCGUGGUGCUGACCCCGCUGCUCCUGGUGGCCCUGUCCUACGCGCGCAUCCUCGCCGCGGUGCUGGGGCUGCGGUCGGCAGGGGGCCGGCGCCGCGCCUUCUCCACCUGCGGGGCCCACCUGCUGGUGGUGUCGCUUUUCUUCGGCUCCAUCCUCUCCGUCUACUUCCGGCCAUCGUCUGCCUACUCCGCCCGCUACGACCGCCUGGCCAGCGUGGUCUAUGCGGUGGUUACCCCGACCCUGAACCCUUUCAUCUACAGCCUGCGCAAUAAAGAAGUCAAGGGCGCCCUAAAAAGGGGGCUCUGGUGGAGGGCUGCACCCCCAAAAGGUGUGACGGCAGGUCUGGACUCACUGGCAUCUCAAUAA